UAUAAAGUCCAUGUGGGAGACAGCAAAGAAUGUAAGGACGAGUAGAGUGGUGACAGACCAGUGUCAGAACAGAACCCAAGCUCUCAUCCCAGUUUUUUUCCCUGGUCCUCCCUUGCUCCAGAAAAUCCUUCCUAGAGCUGGAGGACACGCCAGCACUAUGGACCUGCUGCACAGCAUUGGGGUGGAUCUGGCUGUCUACUUGCAGGCACAGUGCCGUGACUAUGAGGGCUGGUUCCACCUGGCCUCCACAGUGGCAGACCUUCAUACCACUUUCUUCAUCUUCUUUCCAGUCUGGUUCCAUCUGUCCCGUGAGGUGGGCAUCAAGCUCAUCUGGGUGGCUGUCAUCGGGGACUGGCUCAACCUGGUCCUCAAGUGGGUACUCUUUGGAGAGAGACCAUACUGGUGGGUUCAUGAAACCCAGUUUUAUGGGUCAGCACCAGCUCCUGUCCUACAGCAGUUCCCCAUCACAUGUGAAACUGGACCAGGAAGUCCCUCGGGUCAUGCCAUGGGUUCUGCAGGGGUGUGGUAUGCAAUGGUUACAGCUACCCUCUCAAUUGCUGUAGAGAAAAAACACUCUGCUGUCUUCACUGGGUUUUUGCGUUGUGUGCUAUGGUCAUUGUUCUGGUUGGUGGAGCUUCUGGUCUGCAUGUCUCGGGUGUAUAUGGCUGCCCACUUCCCACACCAAGUUAUCGCUGGGGUCAUCUCAGGUAUAAUUGUGGCUGAAAUAUUCUUCAGAGUGCAGUGGAUCUACAGUGCCAGUCUGAAGAAGUACUUCUACAUUACCCUCUUCCUGCUCACCUUCGCUCUGGGCUUCUACCUGCUGCUGAAGGCUCUGGGUGUAGACCUGCUCUGGACCCUGGAGAAAGCCAAGAGGUGGUGCGUUCGUGCUGAAUGGGUUCACAUGGACUCCACGCCCUUCGCCAGCCUGCUGCGCAACAUGGGCACAUUAUUCGGACUGGGGUUGGGCCUGCACUCACCCCUCUUCUCUGUGAGCAAAAAAAGAACCAGCGGCACUUUCAGGUUCAGUUGCAUAAUUGCAUCCCUACUGCUUCUGCAGCUUCUGGAUUACCUGACAUUCUCCUCUGAGGAUGAGACUUGGUUCUACUUGCUCUCUUUCUGCAAGAGUGCUGCUGCCCCCCUCAUCUCUACUGCUCUGGUGCCUGGCACUCUCUCCCACCUCUUUUUGGGGAAAAAGAACAAAAAGGAUUGAUGACUGAGUGGAAAGCUGAGGUGCCCUUCAUGACCAUUGCGAGUCCACAUCCGAGGGCUGGCUGAUGUGUGUUGUGACCAUAUCUGUGACUGUAGCUAUUGUAUGGGCUGAAAUGUCCAUUCAUGCAGUAGACCAAGAAGUCUGAGUCUUUAUGAGAGAGGGUGGCAGAAAUGCACAAAGCUGAACACCCCCCCUCCAAUGUAGUUGGGAUAACCUGCCCUCUUGCCCUGUUACAGAUCUGAAGGACUGGCAUUAUACACCACAGGAUGAUGAUUCCUGCAUGGCAUUCUUUUGGAUCUCCUACAGAAGGAGGCUGAUCAAAUCCUGUGUGUGUUUUCAGAAUCACAUCUGGCCUCUGCAUCCCAUUGCCUCCUACUCUAAUGCUCUUGCUUUUGUAGUAAAUACUCCUUAGCUAGAUUCUUCAAAAGGUGAAGAGAAAUGUUUCCUUCCUUGUCUUGGGGUCAUUUCUUCAGCUGAACUUGUGAGAAUGCAACAGAAGGAGCUCCCCAUUUUCCAGAAAUGUUAUUGUGAUGAGUGUAACGCUAUGAUGUUGCUUCAUUUUAAGAGAUUAUUUGUAAUAUUGUCAUGUGAUGUAUGGGCCCAGAUGUAUCCAUUGCAUCAUUAAAUGUAGUAAACUGGGGAACAGCCAUAUUGAGAACUGAGACUGUUACCACAAUACUUUAAGAAAUCUAACUGGAAAGAAAAUUAUAUAAAUAUGGAAGGAAAUGCAAAUCUUAUCAUGUUGAUUAUCCAUGAUGUGGAUGUCAUACAGUGCCAGUUUACUGUGUGUAAGAGCUUAUGUUCAGGGCUGGUUUGUGUAAUAGCUCUGCUAUAGCUAAUGUUAAUGAUUCCCCAUCUCUUAUAUCAGUAAACCACUGAAUGGAUAUUAAACCCAGUCUGUGUGCACCCAUUGAGAAAGGCCUGCAGGUGUCCACCCUCAAACGCAUGCACACAUACAAUCUGUCAGGGGGUUGAAGGGGUGGACUGUCCACGUGGUUGGCAUAACUUGCCUGCUGAGAACAUGAGGCUAAAGGUUGCCUUGCAGCAUCCGAACUCUGAACUCUGAACACUUUCAGCAGGAGAAGACUGUGCGUACCAUGCUGUACCUGGAGAGGGGCAGUGCUGAGCUUGUAUGUGUUAUGCUGGGGCAUUCAAGUUCAUUGGUCCUUGUAGUGUUGCUUAGCACACAGCGUUUUCAUUCAUGUCUGUUCCCAUCUAAACCACAGUAUAGCGUGCACUGUAUGGAUUGACCAUUUCAUGAGCAAAAGUCACUGCUGUGUGUCUCCUCCUUCAUUAGUGCUGAUACUGCUGGGUUGAAAUGUUAUUCCUUUAGGGUGUGGCCUUAAAGUUGUGGAGAUGUUUUCUGGCUUCAACCCCUUGCACACAGUAUUGUGAUAUAAUGCUGUCUUCUUUGUACCAUGAACAUGUGCAGAAGACCCCCAGAGAUGAAUCCAAAGACAGUCCCCUGCAGAGCAGGCUAUCAGGGUUACCUUUCGAGUUCAUUGAUGUUAUGUUGCAGUCAUAGUUGUUGCCACUCUGGAAGGAUCAGCACUGCUUCAUACUGAGUGGUCUGUAAGUAAGUUUUAUUGAAAUGAUAUUUUAUUGUGAAACAAAACUGGAAAACAAUACCAUUGUGUUGUAUCUUUGGCUGCAAAAUGGGCAGGGGGGAGAUGAUGAUACAUCAAUUCCUUGCAGAGAAAAGGAAGGGGAAUUUCUGGAUAUGAUAUGAAGACCGGUACUGAAAUGUAGAUUCUUCCUUAGCCUGCUAGAUCUCCAUUUUUUAAGACAAUACGCAUUGAAUAUCCAGAUGUCUAAACAUCAUUUCCAUCAGUUAGUAUCAAUUCUUCAAUCUUCAAUCUUUGACAAGAGAGCUGUUUUGUUUUCCAAGGUAUUAACUCUCCUCAAAUGUAGGACCAAGCCACAUUCUUUAUUUUCAACAGCAUUUAGGGCAUGGACACAUUGUAGUCACCACCAAAAGGAAACACGAAUUCAAAUCCAAGAGGAGCCCCACACGUAGCAUGUAUGUGUGGCUUAGUAGCCCUUAAACAUAGGUCACAAACAGAAAGCGUGUUCCUAGGGAGGCCUGGGAGUAUAAUCCUACUGCGGAGAAUUCAUGAGAACAGAAACAGUAGCAGCCCCCACAACAGCCUGGGGUGAUAUCUAAGAACAACACACAGUACUCACAAGCAGGUUAUCACAAGGCCUAUUUCUCCCCACUAUCUUCCCCACAUUUGCUUAUUUCCCAAUAUGUGGCAGCUUACGCUUGUAUGCAAAUAGAUUCUUACAGGAGCAACUGAGGUAAAGUACCCUGCUCAAGGGGUGGAACAGCAGUGAUGAAUCCAGUGUCCACUGCUAUUAUCAUUGUAGCAGUCUUUGAAGUUUCAUUGCUCUGAUUUCCCUUGCACAAUUUGUUCACAUUUUUGUCAGGACUGCUUAUCCUUAGACACAAAUGCUGCAGUAUAUCUCUACAGCCAGGGAGAGAGAUCUUAG